CGCGCGCCCUUCCCUGGACGCUCCCACGAGAACCAUGUCGGCCGCGACCGCGGCCGGUUCUAAAGGCUUCAGCGCGCAGCCCGGGAGCGCGACCGGCGCGACGACGCCGUUCGCGACGGUGAACGUCUCGCCGUUCUUGUGGAAGACGUGGAACCUCGUCUCCGACGCGUCGAGCGACCACAUCAUCUCGUGGAGCGCGAACGGGCGGACGUUCACGGUCUGGCAGCCGGACCUCCUCGAGACGGAGCAUCUUCCGAACACGUUCAAGCACAGCAACUUCGCGUCGUUCGUGAGGCAGCUGAACAACUACGGGUUCAGGAAAUGCCACAGCGACCGGUUCGAGUUUGGCGUGGAGGGGUUCGAGCAAGGGAAGCCGGAGCUCUUGACGUCGCUUCGGAGGCACGACGCGCCGAGAAACAAAAAGGGAGGAGACGCUAAGGGAGGAGGUGGGAAAGCGGCGGCGGGGUCGGCGUCGGCGGCGAACGCGCGCGGCGGCGGCGGCGCCAAGAAGAAGAACUUGAUGGAGGGCACGCCCGACCACGGCGCGCAGUCGCUCGAGAUCGGCGCGUACGGCGGGAUCACGAGCGAGGUGGAGCAGCUCAAGCGCGACCGCCUUUUGCUUCUGAAGGAAGUCAUGCGUCUUCGCGACGUGCAAAAUAACACCACGGAGGAGGUGCGACGACUGAGCGCGCGUCUGCAGGCGACGGAGCAGUUCCAGUCGCAGAUGAUGUCGUUCGUCGAGGCGGUGCAGCAGCAGGGCGGCGGCGCGAACGGGCUCGCCGGGUCGUUUGGGAACGCGGACGAGAUGAUCGCGCGCUUCGGCGGGUCGUUGGGGCCGCGGAAGGCGGCGAGGAAGCGCCGGCAGAUGUUUUUGCCGUCGUCGUCGUCGGGCGGCGGCGGCGGCGGAUCAGGCGGCGGCGGCGGCGGCGGCGUCGCGGGCGCGGGCGUCGACGCCACGAGAAGCGCCAUCCAGGAAGUCCAGGACGAGAUCGACGAGAUCGACGACGCGCUGAUGACCGCGCAGGCGUACGGCCCCUUAUCCCCGAACCCUCACGCGGCGAUUCAGCUCCCGGAGAACGAAGGCGCGUGGCUCGACAUGCUCGGCGGCGGCGACGACGACGACGCGCUCGUGGACGGAGUCGACCUCACCCCCGCGUCGCCCCCUCGCGUGCACGUCGGCGGGCAGCGCGUCAGACAGUCGCCGUUGAUCACGUCGAUGAGCGACGUCGACCUCGCGCUCGCGGCGGCGGCGUCGGGCGGGAGCGGCGGGAACAGCCCGGGGGAGACCGCCGUCGACGACGCCGACGCGGCGGAUCAGGCGGCGGCGCGUCGGGGGGAACGACAACGGGACCCACAUCCGCAGCCGGACGCGUUCGUCGCGAACAUUCUCAACCGGGGACCGAGCCUGGAGAAGCAGCUGUCGUUGGGGUUCUUGGACCACAUGGACAGCGCGGACAUCGGCGAGAUGGUUCGCGACAUGAACAUCGGCGUCGGGAGCGGCGGGUCGGACGAGUUCACGCGGCGCGUGGACGCGCUGUCAGACGUCAUCAAGUGACAGUCGGACGGACGGAGGGACGCUCGCUCGGACGACGAGAGAAGGAUGGUUCCAGAAAAAAAAAAGCAAACGAAACGCCAAUCAACACACUUAGUAGCCCUCGAGGGCGACACGUCCACGACGAUCAAGAAGCUGUACAGUGCGCCUCAUGGAAGGACGGACGACACCACACCGAGCUCGCCGACGAGGCUCCGGGGCUGGACGACGAGUCUAUAUAUCGCCUCCCCGCGAGCGCGCGUCGACGACCGAACCGAAAACGAUGACGAACGGAUUGACUGAUGAACGACACACACACUGAACGAUUACCGUCGCCGUGCUGCGACCGUUGACGAGUAGCACCGAUAGACGAAAAAGACGCGCGUCGUCGCGAUUCGAAACGAAACGGCGAGAUGAGCAUAGCGAGUAGCCGUCACCUUUCUGCUUAUCGUUUUGAAAUAAAAAACGCGAGCGACGCGAGUC